AUGGAUCGAGGACCAGGAGGAUUAAUGUUACUGCUUCUAUAUCUGCAAUCAGGUGGCGCUCUGGAGCUGGAUGUUCCUCCCACUCAUCAUGUUAGAAAGGGUUCAGAGACAAUAAUUCCCUGCACAGUCACUGUGUAUAAGACUCCUGUGGAUCCCAGCCUCCUUUUAAUAUUCUGGAUUUUUCAGGGAGAGGAAAUCCUGAGCUUCGAUGAUACAGUGACAACAAGUGAUGACAGAUUUUCCAUAAACACAACCAGAGUUAUAGAUGGGGAUGCGUCUCUGUCUAUAUCCAAUGUUACAGUAACUGAUAGCGGAGUCUAUACAUGUGUAAUACUGUACAGUCUGGAGAUAAUGGAGAAGUCAGUCAGCUUGUCUGUUUAUGCUCCUCCAAAUAUCACUAUCACUGAGAGAAUUGCUUUUAUAAAUAAAGAGAGUGUUUUAAGAAGUUCCAUCACCGGAUUCUAUCCUAUGGACAUCGAUGUUAAAUGGUUCAGGGACGGGGAGACUGUAAAUAAUUACACAGUAUCCACACCUCAGAGAAACCAUGAUGGUACAUACAGUGUGUACAGCACACUAAUCAUAGUACCCACCAAGAAGGACAGAAACAAGAUCUUCUCCUGUAAGAUCCAACAUGCAUCACUACCUAGACCUCGACAAAAAGACUUCCAGCUGGACUAUAUAGUUGGUCCUCUGGAGCUGAUUGUUCCUCCUACUCAUCAAGCCAGAAUGAGGUCAGUGACAAGAAUUCCCUGCAAGUUCUCUGUGGAUACACCUACUGCGGAUCCCAGAUACCUCGAAAUAUCCUGGAAUUUCCAGGGAGAGCAAAUCCUGAGUUACGAUGGUACACUGACGAAAACUGAUAACAGGUUUUCCAUAGACACAACAAAGGUAGUGGAUGGAGAUGUGUCUCUGCAGAUCUUCAACGUUUCUUUGAACGAUACUGGAGUCUACACGUGUUCAGUACUUUACAAUCGGAAGAUGAAGGAAAAGGAAACCAGCUUGUUUGUUUACGCUCCUCCGAAGAUCACUAUCACAGGGAGAAUUGCUGUUGUGAAUAAGGAGAGUAUUCUCUGCAGCUUGAUUACCGGAUACUACCCUGUGGACAUCGACAUUAAAUGGCUCAGGGACGGGGAAAUAUUAAAUUAUUAUAGAAUAUUCAAACCUCAGAGGAACCCAGACGGCACAUACAGUGUGUACAGCACAGUAACCAUAAAACCCACCGAGCGGGCCAGAAACGAGGUCUUCUCCUGUAAGAUCCAACAUGCAUCACUAUCUAGACCUCGCCAAAAAGACUUCCAGCUGGAAUAUAUAGAUGACAAGGAUGAAGAGUCAGACUAUACCAUACGUUGGGGUGUGGCUGUCACUGUCUGUACAAUGUUGCUGAAAUUUGUAUACGAAAAAUGCCAGAAAUCUUUCACGAAGUCUAAUCACAGCAGCCAACCCAGAAAACAAAUAUCAUACAUCAGAGGUCCGUUUUACCCUCCCGCGUAUUCUCCCUCUUAUGGAUUAGCCACGCCUCACGGUUCUCAGGUGCUUAAUGAUGACCCGAGUGCCAGAACUGCGAGGGGACUCUUAAAGGGAUCUGCACCAAGUAUUUUUGAGAUCACAAUGCUCCUCCACCAGGCCACCAGAGAUCCAGCUCACAUUCCACUGGACCACCAUGGAAGGAUGGCGUCUGCUGAUCUGACAGAAGAGUUAAACUGCUGCGUCUGUCUGAGUAUUUACACGGAUCCGGUAAUGCUGGACUGCGGACAUAACUUCUGCCGUGUCUGUAUCAGGAAUGUGCUGGAUACACAGGAGGAAGAAAGAGUUUAUACCUGUCCUGAGUGCAGAGCAGAGUUUGAGGAACGUCCUGUUCUGCAAAGGAACCUGAAGCUGCGUAACAUAACAGAGUUUUUCCUUUCUGUGCAGCCAUAAAAAGAGGAUUCUGGGAUAUUCUGUACUUAUUGCGUCCACACUCUUGUACCGGCAGCUAAGAUGUGUCUGCUCUGUGAAGCUUCCCUGUGUGACGUCCACCUGAGUGUACAUAGCAAGUCUGUCGAACAUGUCUUAACUGAUCCCAUUUCUUAGAGUAGGACCUGCUAAAAACGGGGUGCAUUGACGUUGUGGCAGACUUAUGCAAUGUAUGAUCAUAUACCGUAACUAAACCCCCAUUAUA